UCGGACGGACAGUACAUGUGUGGUAGUACACGCCAUUGCCAUAGCAUGCUACGUACACCGGCCCUUCUUGCAGUAAAGAACCUUCACAGCGUAGUUUACAAAGUGAUAGGGUGAGGUCUCUGGGUUUUGUUUUACCGAUGAAAACUAUCUCACAGGUGAGACGAUGGCUUUCAAAGCAGUGAUCUUUGACAUUGGGGGCGUCCUUCUUGAAAGCCCCAUCAAGUACCUGAUGGAGUUUGCAACUAAACAUGGCUUGCCACCGACUUUCAUGCUGGAUGAAAUGAGAAAAGGUGCACCAAAUAAUGCUAUGUGCCAAUGUGAAAGAGGCCAACUUGCAGUCUCACAGCUCGUUGAGGAACUGCACAAAGGUGCCACUGAGUCUGCCAAAAAGCAAAAUCUCUCCAUCCCCAGUGCAUUCAGCGUCACUGAAAUGAUGAAGGGUCUUCUUUGUGACCUCCGACCCCAGAGAGAGAUGUUCAAUGCAGCUAUUAAUUUAAAGAACAACGGUUUUAAAAUCGGCGUUGUGACUAAUGACUUCACUGUAGACUUGCCAACUAUGAACAGCCCGCCAGAGUGUUUCCGUUCUCUUAACAUUGUAUUUGAUGAUUUGGUUGAGUCGUGUCGUACUGGCCUGCGUAAACCAGAGCCAGAGAUUUACGAUCUUGCCUGCAAGAGGUUGGGCGUUGCUCCUCAAGAGACUAUCUUCGUGGAUGAUCUUGGUGGUAAUUUGAAGGGGGCUAAUUCUUUGGGCAUCACCACUGUGCUGUUCAAAGAUGCACAGUCCACUCUCAAGAAGCUUCAAGAACUUACAGGUGUUGAUGUUUAUCAGGAGGCUGACCCAAUCUCAGUUGACACAGAUAGAGUCUGUCAUGGAUUAGUAACUACUAAGGAAGGUGUUCGGUUGCACUAUGUGGAGAUGGGAGAGGGGCCUGCUAUUAUCCUUUGUCAUGGCUUCCCAGAAUCCUGGUAUUCAUGGAGGAAACAGAUUCCUGCACUUGCUAUGGCGGGGUACCGAGUGAUUGCCCUUGAUCAACGAGGCUAUGGAGAUUCUUCAUCACCACCUGAUAUUAAAGCUUACAGUCAUGAUCAUUUAUGCAAGGAUGUCAUAGCAGUUAUGGAUUCCUUGAAUAUCCCAAUGGCUACUUUUAUCGGGCAUGAUUGGGGCGGUGCGAUAGUUUGGAAGCUGGCAAUUGGCUACCCGGAACGUACAAGAGGUGUUGUUGGUGUCAACACUCCAUACUUCCCCCCGAACCCCAACUCUAAUCCUCUGGAGCAAAUGCACAAGAAGCCAGGGGUGUUUGACUACCAGCUUUACUUUCAGACACCGGGUGUGGCAGAGGCUGAAUUAGAGAGCAAUUUGGAGAAGCUGUUCAAGUAUUUCUUCCGAGCGCCAACAAGGCAGGACUACUUUCCAGGAAGGGAGAAGUUAGGAGUCCAUAAUGUGAGGGAAAGAGGUGGAUUGUUGGCUGGUGUUCCUGAUGAUCUUACCAUGCCAUCCCUGAUCACAGAGAAAGAACUGGCCUUUUAUGUGAAGGAGUUUAAGAAAUCAGGAUUCAGGGGCCCACUGAAUUGGUACAGAAAUAUUGAAGAAAACUGGAGAAACUCGCUGAAGUUUGCUGGCCGAAAGAUCUAUGCUCCAGCCUUGAUGGUCACAGCAGAGAAGGAUCUUGUUCUAACUCCAGCUAGUAGCCGCUUCAUGGAACCGUGGGUACCUAAUUUGUCUCGCUUACACAUCAAGAAUUGCGGUCAUUGGACUCAGAUAGAAAGACCCAAAGAGCUGAAUGAUGGUCUGCUUAACUGGCUGAAUGAUCUCCAUGGGAAUGAAACAUCAAUAAAGAGUCCUGACGCCAAGCUUUAAUAAUGUGCGCCCACCAUCUUACAGACAGUAAUUAAAAAUUUACUCUAAAAAUCGUGCAAUAGACCUUUGUCAUGAUGCCCCCAUCUUGGUCAUGUUCCUCAUAUCAAAGAACAAUAAUGUAUGCUAACAAUCAUUUUGCAAAAAGGAACCAGACU